GGGCGUGUCCGGGGCGGGGCCAGUGGCGGCCAUGGCGUCGCUGUUCGGAGGCGUGGAGGGCGGGGCCACCCACUCCAGGGUGGUGCUGGUGUCCGAGGAUGGCCAAAUCCUGGCCGAGACCGAGGGACCCAGCACCAACCACUGGCUCAUCGGCGCCGAGCAGUGCGUGCAGAGGAUCGAGCUCAUGGUCAGCGAGGCCAAGAGGAAAGCGGGCGCGGACCCGCGGGUGCCGCUGCGCUCGCUGGGGCUGUCGCUGAGCGGCGGGGACCAGCAGGACGCCAUCGAGAAGCUGAUGGAGGAGCUGCGGCGCCGCUUCCCGCACCUCAGCCAGAGCUACCUCAUCACCACCGACGCCGGCGGGGCCAUGGCCACGGCCACCGACCACGGUGGCAUCGUGCUGAUCGCGGGCACCGGCUCCAACUGCAAACUCAUCAACCCCGACGGCUCCGAGACGGGCUGCGGCGGCUGGGGCCACAUGAUGGGGGAUGAAGGCUCCGCGUACUGGAUCGCCCACCAGGCCGUGAAGACGGUGUUCGACUGCAUGGACAACCUGGAGGAGCCGCCCCACGACAUCGCCUACGUCAGGCAGGCCAUGUUUGACUAUUUCCAGGUCUCGGACAGGAUGGGGCUCCUGACCCACCUCUACCGCACCUUCGACAAGGCCAAGUUCGCGGGGUUCUGCCAGAGGCUGGCAGAGGGUGCCCAGGCCGGGGACCCCCUGUGCUGCCACGUCUUCACCAAGGCGGGCGAGGUGCUGGCGCGCCACGUGGUGGCCGUGCUGCCCAAAAUCCACCAGAGCCUGUUCGUGGGCGAGCUGGGGCUGCCCAUCGUGUGCGUGGGCUCGGUGUGGAACAGCUGGGAGCGGAUGCAGGAGGGGUUCCUACGGGUGCUGUCGCGGGCGCGGGCCGAGGGUCCGGGCCGCCUCCUGUCGCGGUUCAGCCUCCUGAAGCUGAAGCGCUCCUCGGCGCUGGGGGCGGCGCGGAUCGGGGCCAGGAGCGCGGGGGCGGCGCUGCCGCUGGACCGCGCCGACAACGUGGACGUGUUCUACACGCACGAGUUCUGAGAGGAGAGCCCCGAAAACACCGCGGGAACGCCCCGAAAAUACUGCAGGGAGAGCCCCGAAAAUACCCCGGGACCGCCCCAAAAACACUGCGGGAGCGCCCUGAAAAUACGCUGGGAGUGCCCCGAAAAUACCCCGGGACUUCCCCAAAAACACCGGCGGGAAGUGCUCCAAAAACACCGCGGGAGCGCCUCGAAAAUGGGGCAGGGAGCGCCCCGAAAAUACCGCAGGACUGCCCCGAAAACACCGCGGGAGCGCCCCAAAAAUACUGCAGGGAGCGCCCCAAAAACUCCGCCAGGAGCGCCCCGAAAAUACCGGGGGAGGGGCCGGGCUGAGGGGUUGUGGUUCGGCAA